AUGUCUUCAGAGGUCGCUACUCAGACUCGUAUCACAGAGCCCUCUCGGGGAACCGGAAGGAAAGGAAACAAGUCUCGAGGAGGGAACAAUCCUGGCUCUCGAGGACCGAACCGCAACCAACGUGCAAAUAGCGGAAACAAAGGAAAUAACGCACCGCAUAGCGGCGAUUCUGCUCCUUCUGGCGAACCUGGUGAUGCAAGCAGCCAAAUUUCGGAGGUGGUCGACCAGAUGAGCGUGGUGGCAGUCUCCGAGGCAGGCGAUUCGGAUAUCUGUUGGAUCUGUGCGGAACCUGUGAAGUACUGGGCGGUCCCAGAGUGUAACCACCGAGUGUGCCAUGUCUGUGCGAUCAGGCUGAGGGCGCUCUACAAGAAAAUGGAGUGUACAUUCUGCAAGGAAGCCCAAGCUACGAUGAUCUUCACGUCUUCUCCUGAUGCACUCUUUGCUUCAUUUACGCCGGAGACCAUUCCAUUCAAGGACUCGAAGCUUUCUAUCUAUUUCGAAACGCAAGAAAUGAUGGAGGACACCUUGAUUUUGCUUCGCUUCAACUGCCCGGACCAGGAAUGUGAUUAUAUCGGAAACGGUUGGGGUGACCUCAGGCUACACGUCCGUGCCGUGCAUGGGAAAUUAAUGUGUGAUCUUUGCAUUCGAAACAAGAAAGUUUUUGCUCAUGAACAUGCUAUUUACCCACCUUCUCUCCUUCCUGUCCAUCUCCCUUCCGUACAACAACGGGCCAGCAAAGCUGCGCUGAAAGAACCCAUCGAGGGUGGUGUCCAUCCUUUGUGCGCCUUCUGUCGUGAAUGCUUCUUUGGAGAUGACGAAUUGUAUGGCCACAUGCGAGAAAAGCACGAGGAGUGCUUCAUCUGCAAACGGAACGAGGUUCGAGACCAAUACUUCCAGAAUUACGAUAGCCUUGAGCGCCACUUUAGCAGUGUCCACCAUGCGUGCACCAACGCUGAAUGUCUUACGCGCAAGUUCGUCGUUUUCAACACGGCCCUCGAUCUCAAAGCACAUAUGGUCGAAGAACACGGCGGUGACAUGAGUUCAAGGGAUAGGAAGGAUGCCAGGAGGGUUCAAGCAGACUUUACCUUUGAAGAAGUUGGUCGUCGCAGAGAUAGGGAUAGAGACAGGGAGCGAGAUAGAGAUCGCGACAGAGACCGCGAACCACACCAACCGCGACCACCGCCAGCACAAGCUCUAACACCUGCAGUUGCAUCUGCACGACCACCUGCCCCCGUGUCCCGACGGCGAGAAGGAUUUGGCGGUGCUUUGACAGACAGUUCUGCAGCGCAAGCAUCCACGAAUAAUGCAAAUAACGGGCGAGGAUCACACCCGGUUUCACGCCCAGUCUCACCUCCUCCAGCGGCUUCUUCUGCAGAUAUCGACCCAGCAGUCGCAGAGAGGCAUGCAGCAUUCCUCGUCCGGCUGCAAAGUUUAGCACCGAACCCUACCACAGCCGUCCCGGUGGUGAAGGCAGCCACUCGUGGCUAUAGGUCCUCCGAGUCGAAUGCACGAGACUUGAUAUCGACGAUAUGGAACGUCAUGGACCAGAACUUGGAGCAAACUGCGAGCAUUAUCAACGCUUUCGUCGAUCUUCUAGACGAAGAAGAGAAGAAAGCGGAUCUGUUAUCGUCGUGGAAAGGCUUUGCGAUUGAGCAACGACGUCAAUUCCCUGACCUGGCACCAAGUGCGAUUGGAGCAGGGUAUGCGGGGAUAGCCUCCGGCCGUGUCCUCAAUGCAAAGCAUGCCACCGCAACCCGUUCGUCGCAAUCGCAACAAGUCUGGAACCGUGUCGCGCAAGCGGCGAGUUCGAGCUCGUCCCUCCCACCUCCAAAACAUCAAGAAAAAUUCCCUGUCCUCACGCCCUCAUCCUCAGGUGCCCCACCUACAUCCACAACGCCGUUCAGGCAAGGGCAGCGGAGUACGCCCUGGUCCGGCAGUUCGGCCGCACCACCCGCGCUCCGGACUCAACAGCCUGUAUCCAUCCCUGCCUCCGGGUCGAAUUCACUGGCAGCACGCAGCAGGCAAGCCCCGCCCCCGAAGCUGUCGAAUGCACUCUUUCCCGAGCUGCCUUCGUCUGCGUCCGCUCGCUCCAAGCCGCAAGUGAGUGGGAACGUGUCGUUGAAAAAGAUAUUAGGGAGUACUGGCGCACCGGCGGUGUCGGCGUGGUCAGCACCAGGGCAGGUUUCUGGUGGGUCGACGACUGCACAGGAGGCGGUUCAGGGUGCCGAUGAGGGUGUUGAAACGACUGGUGGCCCUGCUGGAGGUGGUGGCGGUACUAAAGGAAGGAAAGGAAAGGGUAAACAGAAGCAGACUCUGUUCACUCUUGGAGCUUUCCCGACGUGA